AUAAAAAGACAAGAAAGGAAGAAAAUCAGACAGGCAAAACAAUUAAGUCUACUUGGUCGUCGUCUUCCACUAAUUAUCUGGUUUUUAUCGAAGACUUUUAGAGAAGUACAUUUGCAGUCUGUCAAUAACCCUUUCGUCACGGAAUUACUCCAAGCCGCGUAGUGGUCGACUCCAAAAUCAUCCUCUCUUUAUGGCUCUCCGAUUUUGAGUUUUCAGGGUCUUGAAAUCUUGGAGAAGGUGUUUGCGGAGUCAAUUAAAAUCAAACAUCUGCUUCUCAUGGCGAGCUUCUGUUGCUUCGGUUCUUCAGACUACGAUCUCGUGACUGGGAGGGCUUCAUCUAGUUCUGGGAAAGGAAAAAACAGCGAUGGUGAGAUUAAAUUUGGUUACAGCUUGGUGAAAGGGAAAGCUAAUCAUCCAAUGGAAGAUUAUUAUGUCUCCAAAUUCACGAAAGUCGAUGGCAAGGAGCUCGGUUUGUUUGCUAUCUACGAUGGUCAUUUGGGCGAACGUGUUCCUGCUUAUCUUCAGAAGCAUUUGUUCUCCAACAUUCUCAAAGAGGAGCAUUUUUGGUAUGAUACUCAGAGAGCACUAAUUGCUGCCUAUGAGAAGACAGACCAGACCAUUCUGUCACAUUCUGACCUAGGCCGUGGUGGCUCAACCGCCGUAACCGCUAUUCUGCUGGAUGGACGACGUUUGUGGGUGGCAAAUGUGGGUGAUUCCCGGGCUGUUUUGUCACGAGGUGGUCAGGCUAUACAGAUGACUGUUGAUCACGAGCCCCACACUGAAAGGUUAAGCAUUGAGGAUAAAGGAGGCUUCGUAUCAAACAUGCCAGGAGAUGUGCCUCGUGUUAACGGGCAGCUAGCAGUUUCCCGUGCUUUUGGGGACAAAAGCCUCAAAACACAUCUGCGGUCAGAUCCAGACGUUAAAGAUUCGUCGAUAGAUGCUCACACUGAUGUUCUAGUUCUUGCUAGUGACGGUCUAUGGAAGGUGAUGGCUAACCAAGAAGCGAUUGAUAUCGCCAGAAGAAUCAAAGAUCCAGUGAAAGCAGCAAAAGAACUAACGACCGAAGCACUAAGAAGAGACAGCAAAGAUGAUAUAUCUUGCAUCGUCGUCAGAUUGAGGUGAUGGAAUUUUAUUCUACAAAACCACCAGAAAACAAAAGGAUGAAACUCAUUAGAAAUGGAAGAAACCAAAUAAAUAAAGUUUGAUUAUCAAGAAUAGAAGACGAUGUAAAAUGUAUUUUUAAUAUAUUUUUGUUUCCUCCGGUGUAAAAUGGUUGAUCGGUUUUCCGGAUGUUUGGGAAUUUGAUUGGUUUGAUUUGUGUAAGUGAGUGAGAAUCAUAUUAUUUGGUGUAUAAACACAACUUUUCUUCUGCUUUGAUCUGAGAAGAUUACUACAAGGCA